CCACUUGUGCAAAUAGAACAGACAGAGAGUCACACAGAGAGAGAGAUAAAGAGAGCGUGUAGAUUUACCAUUUCAACCACACUCAGAGGUUCAGACUCUCCAUCUCUCUCUCCCCCUUAAGGCUGAGGCUUCAGAAGCUCUUGGGCUCAGUGGAAAGCUCAGAAAUGGAGGUGGUGAUAAUGGUGAAUCCCAGGCCUCUCCUCAGCCUUCUCCUCCUCUCUCUCCUCUCCUCCCACAUUGCAGAUGAGGUGUCGGCCACAACCAUAACGCUGUUCAAUAAGUGCCCCCACACGGUGUGGCCAGGCAUUCAGCCCAGCGCCGGCAAGCCCAUCCUUGCCCGAGGUGGCUUCAAGCUUCCCCCGAAGAAGGCCUACACCCUCCACCUUCCCGCGCUCUGGUCGGGCCGCCUCUGGGGCCGCCAUGGCUGCACCUUCGAUGUGGCAGGCCGUGGCCGCUGUGCCACUGGAGACUGCGGCGGGUCACUCUACUGCAACGGCAUUGGUGGUGCUCCGCCUGCCACGCUGGCUGAGAUCACCCUUGGAAAUGACCAGGACUUCUACGACGUGAGCCUUGUGGAUGGAUACAACCUCGGGAUGUCGAUCACGCCCUACAAGGGUUCAGGCAGGUGCAGCUACGCAGGCUGCAUCAGCGACCUCAACAUGAUGUGCCCGGUCGGGCUCCAGGUCCGCUCUAGGGACAACACGGUGGUGGCUUGUAAGAGUGCUUGUUCGGCCUUCAACUCCCCUAGGUAUUGCUGCACCGGGAAGUUUGGGACGCCGCAAGCAUGCAAGCCCACAGCGUACUCAAGGAUAUUCAAGACAGCGUGCCCGAAGGCGUACUCAUACGCAUACGACGACCCCACCAGCAUCGCGACCUGCACGAGGGGCAACUAUGUGGUAACCUUCUGCCCGCGCCAUCGCUAGAAGUUCCCUAGCUCUAGCUCUAGCUCUACAUAUAUAUGGUGGCUUAUUUCAUCUUGAGCAGCUGUUGGGUCUUAGCUAUAAUGAUUAUACUUAUACUUACAGCUAGCUAAUUAUCAAUGUUUCAUCAUUGGGAGGAUACAAGAGAUAGAAUUUAUGUCCCUCAGUGCUAUAUAUAUCUUGUGGUUGGUUGGUCAAGUUAAAUUAUAUUGAGUAUUAAAGACUUCCGGUGCUGCCUUUGUUCUUUCUUUAA